AAUUUCCUACCUGUCCGAAAGUUUCUCUUCAGGGUUUGAACAAAAAAAUCCCUCUUUAUUUUGAAUUUCAUUGUACCGUUGUUUUUUUUCUUCUUCUCUCUCUCUCUCUCCUCUCUCUCUCUAGAACACACAGUACACACACUGACAUCCGCUUACUUUUUUUUUCCGAAUUCGCCGAACAUCAGCAGAUCCUUUUGUUUCUCUACUGUUGUUGUACGUACAGAUAUAUCUGAAUUUUCUUUUCGAUCUGCAAAUGCGGGUUGAUUUGAUCGGUCGGAAUUGUAUUUCUGUUGUCCGAUUGGAAAUCGUCAAGCUCGGCUGGUCAUUGAUUUCAUACUGGAUUGGGACGGUGCCUACCUCAUUAUCGGGUAGCAUAUAAUGAUUUGGGGAAGACCUCUUGGAGAACAUUGCCUACAUCUCCGUAUUGGCCUAUGCAGAUUUUUGUCAAGAAAUUAUGGAAAGUGAUAAGACAAGCCAAACCACUGAAUCAGAUGGUGUCAGAAACAGUGUACCAAGAGCUCGACCUUUACAUGGGAGGACAAGUGGCCCUACACGGCGUUCCACUAAGGGACAAUGGACCGCGGAAGAGGACGAGAUAUUGCGAAUGGCUGUUGAACGCUUCAAAGGAAAAAACUGGAAAAAGAUAGCGGAGUGUUUCAAGGAUCGAACAGAUGUACAGUGCUUACAUAGGUGGCAGAAGGUUCUUAAUCCGGAUCUUGUCAAAGGUCCAUGGUCGAAAGAGGAGGAUGAAAUAAUGAUUGAAUUGGUGGAAAGAUAUGGGCCAAAAAAGUGGUCUACGAUUUCACAGCAUCUUCCUGGGCGUAUUGGAAAGCAAUGUCGAGAAAGGUGGCACAACCAUCUUAAUCCCAACAUAAACAAAGAAGCUUGGACACAAGACGAGGAAUUGGCUUUGAUUCAAGCUCAUCAAAUGUAUGGAAACAAGUGGGCAGAGUUAACUAAGUUCUUGCCUGGGAGAACUGACAAUGCAAUAAAAAACCAUUGGAAUAGUUCUGUCAAAAAGAAACUGGACAUGUAUUUGGCUUCAGGAUUGCUCUCACAGUUCCAAGGUCUGCCUCCCGUUAGCCAUCCUAAUCAUUCGGCAGCUUCCUCUUCUUCUAAGGCACAACAAAGUAGUGAAGACAAUACUGUUGUUAAAGGUGAAGCAGAAGUGGAGGAAGCUUCUGAAUGCAGUCAAGGUUCGACUCUUGCCGGUUUGUCUCAAUCUACAAACAACAACACAGUUGCACAUCACACAGGGGACUGCAGAGCGAUCGAAGAAUCAAGUUCUAUUCCUUGUUCCGAAGAUUAUCGUCCCACAUAUCAAGAAGCUACGUUUGCGCCAUCAGAAGUACCUUGUGAACUGAAUGACAAGUUCCUUGAACAUGAUUUCUCUGUAGAUUGGGGGGCCUUUGCAGGGAAAGAUUGGCAACUGAAUCCGAAUGAGCUACCUGACCUGUCUUUGCUUGAUCUAGGGCAAGAGUCACCUGGAGUUUUCUUGCCAUCAAUAAGUGGCCAAGACGACCAUGGAGCAGUACCCUUUCGGCAAGAGUCUUCUGCUGCAUUAGAUGCUUGUACUUCCAUGGUAAACAUGGUUGAGGGUACUACUUCAGACUGCAGGAUGGUAUACCCUGAGGCUGACAAUGGCGGAUGUUAUCCCUCGGAAAAUGUUAACAGCAACAUUAAUGGACCUGCAGAUUCAUUGCUUCAUAAUUGUUCGAAUUUCCAGAUUACUGAAGAUGGGAAAUUUGCUUCACAAUCUUGUUAUAUGCCAUCAGAUAUGCUGGUCAAUUCGUUCGCUCAACCUCAGUCCUUCCCUACUGAACUUCAAACAGUCGAGGGUUCGUUCAUGUUCAAUAUGAAUCCAAAUCAGUAUAGUUAUUCACAGCUGAAUGAAGAGGAGCCUAUUCCACCAAGUUCACACAAUGACUUUAUCUAUUCCAAGGAUUCUGGUUGCUCUCUCCGUGUAGAUAACUCCGAUGAGGCAAAGGAAUCGCCAAAGAAAGUUAUGGCUAAUGAUUUUGUCUUGGCACCAUCCAGUGAUUCACAGUGCUGUUCUUCCAUGGAUAAAGAUAUUCAAACUGUAAAGCAGAAUGAUUCUGGAGCUUUGUUCUACGAGCCUCCUCGUUUUCCAAGUUUGGAUAUACCCUUUUUCAGUUGUGAUCUGAUACAAUCAGGCAGUGAAAUGCAUCAAGAAUACAGUCCACUCGGCAUCCGCCAACUGAUGAUGUCAUCCAUGACUCCAUUCAAGCUGUGGGAUUCCCCAUCUAGAGGUGAUAAUAGCCCCGAUGCUGUGCUAAAAACUGCUGCAAAAACUUUUACAGGCACACCAUCGAUACUUAAGAAAAGACACCGUGAUUUGCUGUCUCCUUUGUCAGAAAAAAGAGGUGAAAAGAAGCUUGAAGCUUGCUUAAAGCAAGGGUCAUUUUCCAAUCCAACCAAUGAAUUUUCCCGAUUAGAGGUUAUGUUUGAUGAACUUAUAGACGAAGAAGGACAAGUGCUGUCAUUAUCUCCCAACAAAAGAAACUUUGGAGCGUCUUGUACUGAAAAAGAAAAUGCAACUCCUUGUGGACAGGCGGCAAACGAGAGCAAUGGGAGCAUGAUCGUUUCAGAAAGCAAAUUUUCAUCGAAUGAGUUAAAUGGCACUGUGUGUUUGAACAAGACAAAUGAACUUGCUGUUGCAGAUGUCAGAACCAAGGGUGGAGAUAAUGAUUCAAUAGAAACAGCAAAAGAGCUUUCAGGAGUUCUUGUUGACCACAAUACGAAUGACAUCAUAUUCUUUUCCCCGGACCGUUUCGGAAUUAAGACCGAUAGAGCACUCGGUCUAAGUGCCAGAGCUCUUGGGAAUCGGUACGCUCGAAGAUUCGACGCUGCAUCGAAGAACGGAGCUGUUUUGUCUUCCGCCGAGUCGUGCUUUUCUGUUCUUUGCUCUCCUCGGCCUUGCGCAAAGAAGGAUGGGACUAAUUUGGUCUCGACUCCCUUGGAGAAAAAAAUCGAAAGUUCUGGAAAAGGUGUUGCUUCUGAAAGCAAUAGCAUAUUUACGGAGACGCCGUUUAAGAGGAGUUUGGAAUCUCCUUCACCGUGGAAGUCACCUUGGUUUAUCAACACUUUUGUGCCAGGGCCAAGAGUCGAUACGGAUAUAACAAUCGAGGACAUCGGUUACUUUCUGAGCCCAGGUGACCGAAGUUAUGAUGCCAUUGGGUUAAUGAAGCAAUUAGGCGAGCAGACAGCUGGCGCUUUAGCUGAUGCACAGGAUGUUAUGGGAGGUGAUACUCCUGAAACAAUAAUGAUGGGGAAAAGCUCCGUAAAUCAGGAAGAAGAAGAAAAGGAGAACAACAAUUGCAGUCCAAACUCUCCGAAACAACAUGAUUCAAGUUUGGCUUCAAAUUUCAUGACGGAGAGACGGACUCUUGAUUUUAGCGAAUGUGGAACGCCCGGGAAGGAAACCGGAAAAUCAUCGAGCAGUACAAGUUUCUCGAGCCCCUCUUCUUAUCUGCUGAAGAGUUGCAGGUAGUGUAAUUUCUUAAUAAUCUUUAAAAUUUGUGCAAGUCAAUCUAUGUUUUGUCUGAUUCAGUAUAAAUAUAUAUGUAUGGUAUUAGUCAUUGAUUUCUACUUUGCAAAAACAUUAGUUGCAAAUAUAUGAAUUUAUUAUUCUUGA